UCUACUUUCAUCACAAAUCAUCACAGUAACUCAUAAUCUUGCUAGAUUUAUUUUCCAUUCCCAUCAACAUGCAAAAAUUCAUUACUUAUAUAUUGAUUCUUUGUUUUAUUUCACCUAGUUUAAGUACACUGUCAAAUGUUGGAACCACAAAUGGUAUUUAUAAUGUGAUGGAGAAUGGUGCAAUUGGUGAUGGCAAAACUGAUGAUUCACAAGCAUUUGAAAGUGCAUGGAGUAAAGCGUGUAAAGGAGGAGGGAUGUCAACAUUAGUUAUACCAUCAGGAAAAACAUUCUUGGUGACAAAAGUAAAUUUUAAUGGUCCAUGCAAUGCUAAAAUUCUCAUCCAGUUUGAAGGACAAAUCGUUGCACCUCCUAAAGCAGGGUGGAAAGGUGGGGUUUAUUUAAUUAGCAUCGAACGUGUAAAUGGACUUACAAUUGAUGGCAAUGACCAAGGAGGAGUCGAUGGAGACGGUUCUACUUGGUGGGAUUGUAGAAAUUGUGAUCGACCUGGGGUCUUGUAUUUUCAUGCAUGCAACGAUCUCAGUGUUAAUAAACUGAAAAUCACAAAUAGCCCAAAAUGUCAUGUAUCUGUUAAUCAGUGCAACCAUGCAACAUUCUCUGGUAUAUCCAUUGAUUCACCUGCUACAAGUCCUAACACAGAUGGAUUUGACAUUUCUUUUUCCACUUAUGUCUCGAUACAGAAUUCCAACAUAAAAGCUGGUGAUGAUUGUAUUGCCAUCAAUGGUGGUUCAUCUUUUAUCAACGCUACUGGAGUUUCUUGUGGACCGGGACAUGGGAUAAGUGUUGGAAGCCUUGGAAAAAAGAGACAAGAUGACCGAGUUUCAAAUGUUUAUGUACGAAAUUGCACUUUCAUUGGAACUCAAAAUGGAGCAAGAAUCAAGACGGUUUUGGGUGGAACGGGCUUUGCAAAAAAUAUUACAUAUGAGCAAAUCAUCCUUCAAAAUGUUAGGAACCCAAUAUUUAUAGAUCAGGCAUACGAUGCUCGUGUCGAUGAUACAUCGUUGUUGGUGAGUUCUGUGACAUAUCGAGGAUUUACCGGAACUUCUAGUUGUGUGUUCGCUAUUAAUUUGAAUUGCAGCUCAUCUGGAUGUUUCGACAUUUUAUUGGAGCAAAACAACAUUGUAUCACCUGGGAAGCAGGCUUCUGCUUUUUGUAAAAAUGCUCAUGGAACUGCUAGAGAUACUGUUCCAAAUGUUGGUUGUCUAUCUAAUUAAUGUGCUAUUGGCCUUUCAUAUGUAGAAGAAUAAUGACUCCAUUAGUUGCUAGACAUGCAGUUUUGUAAUUGAUGUAGCCAUCUUAGGAGUAUGGACUAACUUAUACCAGCAUUGUUUAGCUUCAUCAUUGGAAUCAAUAAAAAUUAUAUAAACUUCUUCUUUUUCUUUUA